UUAAGACCUCGUACGUACCACCUCUCUCACACAGAUAGCAGCACUGCUAACCGAGCAACAGUUCGCUGUUUGUAUGAAGUUAAAACCAGACUUACCCGGCACAAGACACGAGUGCCACGAUGGAUGACCUGAGGAAUCUGACCAGUCCCCAAAACGCCGCCCUGGUCGUGUUUGCCUUCCUUCAAGCGGAUUGUAGAAACUCAGACUACAAAAAGGAGCUGUUCUCCCUGGGCCAGGACACGGAUCUCAUGCGGGACAUCAACUGCAAUAACCCCUGGAGAGACUCUCCGGACGAUGGAGACCUUGAGACUGACGGUCAUCUGGUCAGCUGCAUCACAGCCUCUCUGGGGGACAUACAGCCUUCAGUGGAGCUGCAGCUUCCCAGGAACCACGCAGAUGCAGCAGCCAUACAGCAGGUUGCAGCAGGGCUGAGAGAAAUCGCAGCCCAGUUUGAACACAACCAUUUUGUGGCUCAGGCUACCCAGAACCUGCACCGGAACAUAACGGUCUUCCCCUCUGAGCAGCAGUGGAAAGACUACCUUACCCAGGAAGUGGACAGGCUGAUAAACCAGGGCGUAGGUCUGGAGCAUCUAGCCCAGGAGCGAGUCAUCGCGGCCCUCGCUCUCACCCUGGUGAAGGGAGUGUGUGAGCAGGCCCCUCAACUGUUGAGGAACCUCUUCCGCACCGCACUGCAGUACAUUAGCUCUGCGUGGUCUGGAUGACUGUUGAGCUGCAGGCUGAGAGAAAAUUACUUGGAAUACAGCUCAUUCUGAAACUAUCUGCCCAUGGCCAGUCGACCGUGAGAGGAGCUGCUGUGUUUACUUAACAGAAGUGAGAACACUUUUUCAAAUGAAGGAAAGUGAUGAUAAAUAAUGAUAGUUUGAAAACUAUUUGUUUGCGACACUUGAAUUUUUUUCAUUCCGUUAUGCGCUUUGAAUCUCACUGCCUCAGUUGACUGUUAAUUUUUUUCCAAUACUUGAAUUACAUGAUUUCUUUAGUAUUCAGUUAAUUUACUUUUGGCAUAUGCGUGUAUUUCUAUUGUGUAACUUGAAUAAAUAUAUUUUUCUUGGAA